AUGUUGGGUGAUGAAAAGACGACAAGGUACCCAAUAAUCUGGGAUUCCGGUGCAACAACCUUGAUCUCACCUUACAAGGACAAUUUUGUGGGAAAACUUGAGCCAGCACCUCUUGGACUCAAGCUUCAUGGAAUCGCUAGCGGCCUGGAAAUCAAAGGGAUUGGACAUUUGCAUGCUCAAUUGCUCAGUACUUCAAGUUUGCUCCAGACAUACACCGAUGAGUCCAUCUCAAUGAACGCUGAUCAUCUACAGUUGUCAGGAUCAGACAAAACAAAUUCAGUACACGUUUACCAUGACCCUUCAACAAACUUGCCAACAUCGCUUGCCUACUCCCAUGGAACUGCCCCUAACCGAUUCGACGCAUUCGCCAGCAUCAUCACGUCCACCUUGGAGUCAGACCACAACCUCAGUCCCGUCGAGAAAGAACUCCUAAGAUGGCACCCUCGGCUAGGCCAUCUCAACUUCAGUCAGAUCCAAUUUCUACUCCGCACAGGUGUAUUGGCACAUUCAGAGUCCGCUCGACGAUUGCAAGCUGCAGCAUCUCGGAUCACAACAUACCCACUAUGCCCAGCUUGUCAACUUGGAAAACAACGUCGUCGACCCUCUCCUGGAAAGACUUCUCGAGUCGUUUGUGAUCGAGAGGGAGCUUUGAAGAAAGAAAACCUGUUCCCAGGACAAAAGGUGCCAGUUGAUCAUUCUGAGUGUACCACAAGAGGACGAUUGCUUCAUACCUUUGGCAAAGAAGAUCCUAAGACACAGUACACUGGAGGAUGCAACAGGUUAUGUCUUCGUUGA